AUGGAGAAAGGCAAUCAAAUAACAUUUGGUUCUGAUGAAAUUCAAAUAUAUAAACCUACUGCUGUGGUACACAGUAGGAUUGAAAAUUUCUUAAAGAGAAAGAGAGAUGAAAACCAUGAAAGAAAUACCAGAUUGUAUUGUAACUCAAUAUCUAACAGAAAUUAUUCUAGUGCUUCUAGAACAUGUAAUACAAUAGAAGCUAAACGUCAGAAGGGAUCUGAAUGCUUUGUAAAAAAGACGAAAGUGAAUAAUAAUUUAGGACCACUGAAUAAUGGCGGUUUGGAUCUAGCUAGCUUAAACAGUUACAAUUUAUCAAAUAAUUCAAAUUCUGUUGGAUUAAAACCAGAUGUGCAAGAAAGAAUAUCAAACAUAGAAACAGUAUUAAAUAUUAAAAGUGAUGGUCGAAGCAACAUUGAUAUUUAUGAUAAACUAAAAUCAUUAGAAGAUCAUGUAUUAAAACUAGAAAAUAUUUUAUUAAAUAUCAAUGAAAAUUACUCGUUAUCAAAUACAUUUUCCAUUGAUAAAGAUACGGGAACUAUACGGCACAAUUUAAAGACCAAUGAUCUUAUUAGACAAAAAAAACUUGCCUGUGAAGAUAAUAUGAUAAGAAAAGAAAUAAAACCAAGGGUAUUACCAAAGAAAUCGAAAUAUUCUGCCAGUGAAAUACAAGAACUCAUUAACAAUGUCAAAAAAAUUGAUGAAAACAAAAAAAAUUCUUGA